AUGGAGCGCAAAAAGAUUGUGCACACGCUAGACACGCCAUACACAGCGGUCGAAUGGCCCCAAGUGAGCCAGGAGGAACAAGAUGCCAUCUUAGAGCUCCUUUGCCGGCUUCUGGCCCCUCUAGGGACGCACCGGCGAUCGUUCAUCGCCCCUUCGAAGGGGAAACGGCGACGGGCUCAAAAGAAGGCUAGUAGUACGAGUGGCAAGCCAGGAGAUCUGGUGGCACCAACCCCAGUACCUCCCACCCCAGAGCUGGCCGCCUACGUUGAUGUCGGCCUGUCCAGAAUCUCGCGCACCCUGCAGUCCAUGUCAGCCGGAAAAGACGAGCCAGCUCCACUCACGGAACAGAACAACAGCCAUUACAGUGUGGUAUUUGCCGCCCGCGCUGGGCACUCUUCAGCUUUCCACUGCCACUUUCCACAGAUGGUUGCGCUUGCCGCGCAGUCUCAGUCACCAGAGAAGGCAGUCAGGCUCGUGGGCCUCUCUAAAGCCUGUGAAGACCGUCUGAGUACCGCACUGGGAAUCCCCCGCGUAUCCAGUAUAGCGCUGCGGGAAGACGCGCCGCAGGCAAAGGGUCUCAUUGAUUUUGUGCGGGAGCAUGUAGCACCAGUCCGGAUCUCAUGGCUGCAGGAGGCUCGGUCUGCCAAGUUUCUCGAGACCAAAAUCGACGCGGUACCGACUAGAAUUGGGAAUAAAAAGCCAAGGCUCUCAUGA